AUGCGGUUCGCAGGGCGCGGUGGCAUGGGCAGGACGUUCGGCGGUGUUGCCGUGAAUGAGCUCGAUGAGCUCUUGCCACCGCCCACGCCGCUGUCUCACAGGUCCACCGGCGCGGCAGAAGGGCCCAGGUCUUUCGUCGGUGCAUGCUCUUUCCAGAACCAGGGCAAGAAUGGUGAAAAUCAGGACAGCUGGAUUGCGGCUGAGAGUGGCAGCAAGAGCUUGCUAGCAGUCCUGGAUGGCCACGGAGAACAAGGCAAGCGUGUCUCCGAGUAUGCCCGGUCGCAGCUGGCCAGGAGUCUCUACGCUAGCAAGGAUCUCUACACGAAGCCUGCAUCGGCGCUGCAAAGUGCCUAUGCAGAAACUCAGAAAGGGAUCGAGCGCAGCCAUGCCAUCGAUGCGCAGCGCUCCGGCACCACAGCCGUGACUUGCUACCGCCACCGCGACAAACUCGUGGUGGCCAAUGUUGGCGACUCGCGGGCAGUGCUGGGACGAUGCAGCUCGCGAGAGGGCGAUGGUUCUCUGCACACCCUGCGGGCCGUUGAUCUGUCGAGCGAUCAGCGGCCAAUGCGGGAAGACGAGCGGAGCCGGAUUCUCCAGCAGGGUGGUGCAGUCCAUCCAAGCGCCAUGCCGAUGCGACAAGGUUUCGGUCCUCCGGUGCUGGUCCGUGUUGGUCCAGAGCGAGUGUGGGACAAGACCGGGCGUUGUGGACUUUGUGUCACCCGCUCGCUAGGAGAUCUGUCGAUGCAUCCUUUCGUGAUUGCCGAGCCAGAGGUCUCCGAGAGGAUGUUGUCCUCCAAAGACAAGGUCCUCAUUCUCGGUAGUGAUGGCGUUUGGGAUCGGCUGAACUCACAGGAGGCCGUGGACAUCGCCGCGCGACACACAGAUCCCAACGCCGCCGCGCGCGAGAUCGCCAGCAUCGCGAGGCAGCGCUGGCACGCGGAGACGCAAGGCCAGCUUUCAGAUGACAUCACGGCGGUGGUGAUGCACCUGGACCACGGAGACGCCGGGCCCCGGGCUGCGCCAACUGCACGACCCAGCUCCAAGCCUCCGCGGCUGCUCCCGGAGACGCGACCCAGGCAGAGGCCCCCGCUGGGUCUCUCAGAGACCGUGCCCAAGAGCUCCCUGAUGUCGGGCUUGUCAAUGGCAGCACCUGCGCACGACAAUUUUGCGGAGACUGCGCCGGCCAAGGCGCGGCACAGAAGGUUGGAGCCCCUCCGAUCGCAGCGCGCGGAGAGGCUGGGUCUCCUACACCUGCCCGCUGCCGGAAUGCCAACAAGACCCAGGCGCCCAAUCGGUGUUCCCUGA